AUGUUCGUAUUUACAUGUUUGAUUGUCUGUGUCACAUUGAUUUGGGUUUGGCGAAACCGGAAAUUUAUAAAAUUACAUCGACAGAUCGGAGUUCAAUACCCAGCUCUACCAUUAAUUGGACAUGCAUAUAUGUUUGUUGGAGAUGGGCAAGUUGUUGUCGACGCGGAAGCGGCCGAAUUGGUUUUGGCCAAUUGUCUUGAAAAGGAUGAAUUCAAUCUAUUCUUUAGGAAACUGCUCGGUAGCGGCUCUAUUAUGGCGCCAGUUUCUGUGUGGCGACCACGACGCAAGCAGAUGGCCCCAUUUUUUGGAAUAACAAACGCAAACCGGUUCCAAGAUUCUCUUCUAAAACAUAGUGACAACCUGGUGAAGCAUCUGGAAUCGAUGGCAGAUACCGAACCCUUCUCAAUGUUCGAUGUAUUUUAUCCGUAUGCAUUUGACACCAUCAUGGAACUAAUACUGGGUCUCACACUAAACUCCCAUGAAGAAGAAGACACCAGGGUGUUGAAAGCUGUACCGGACUGCUUCAAUAGCGUAGCUUAUUUCCUCUUCCAACCGUAUCUCCAGUUCGAAAUCAUUUACACCAGACUACCGAUAUGGGCGAAGUUCUUAAACGACAAACAAAACAUUCAAAGAUUAAUCGCCAAAGUAAUGGCCUCUAAACAAAAGUUAUAUGAUGGAAAAAAUAACAACGUCGAUGCAAAUAUUUCAUUGAAAUCACUUGUCGAUUUCCUGUACUCAUCGCCUGAUGACAAAAAAUUGUCAAUUGAUGAGAUACGAGAGGAAUUGUUCGUGAUGCUGUUCGGCAGUACUAUUCUACCGUGCGUUUCAUUAUGCUUCACAUGCAUGAUGCUGGCGAAGUAUCCAGAUGUACAGGAGAAACUUAUUCGAGAGUUAGAUGAAGAAAGUAGUCGUUACGAAAAAGGAUUAACAAAAAGCAGACCGCAUGAGAACAAAUAUUUGGAGGCGGUCAUUAAGGAGACUUUUCGACUGUACCCAUCAGUCCCUACUGUGUCCAGGAAAAUCGAUAAAGAUAUCGAGAUGC